AGGAGACCGAGCGCUGCUUUGCUCGGCGAGGAUUUCCUCGGUUUCGCUUAAAGGCUGAGGAAUGUCUAACGCUAACUAUAUCCAGAUGUGCCUACUUGGCAGCCCGCUGCCGAGACAUUACCGAGGGGACACAGGAUCAGCGCUAUCAAAUGGGCUAUGGACAUUGGUGCCAGGCAGCUCAAACACAGCUUUUAACAGUCCCAGAAACACCGUGGAGACAAUGAGAGUUCGUCUCAAAGGGGAUGCGAUCUGUACCCUCUUCCUGCUGGUAGCGCUUUGCUCUUUACUUUAUUCCCAACUGGAACAUUUAGUCCCGGUAGGAAACAAGGAGCCAACACAGAAGAAGCCUUCAGUAACACCAAAAAUAUUCUCUGACCCCAGAGCACCUUGGAGACCGAUGCCAGCAGAGGCAACGGUACCCAGACCCCAACUAACUCCUAUCGUUAGACGAACAGAAGUGGCCAACGACAGGAUCCAAACUACAACUCCACCCUCGUUGACUGAUUCUGCCUUCAACUUCAAGCGCUAUCUCCUAAACAAGGAUAACAGGAACUUCAAUCUCCUCAUUAACCAGCCCAAGAAAUGCAGGAAAACACCGGGAGGUCCCUUUCUGCUCAUCGCUAUCAAAUCGGUAGUUGAAGACUUCGACAGACGUGAGAUUGUCCGGAAAACUUGGGGCAGGGAGGGUUUGGUGAACGGGGAGCACAUCCAACGAGUCUUCCUCCUGGGAACACCAAAGAAUAGGACAGUGCUGGCACCAUGGGAGACCCUGAUCCACCAGGAGAGUCAGACAUACCGGGACAUUUUACUCUGGGACUUCAUGGACACUUUCUUCAAUCUGACCCUGAAGGAGAUCCAUUUCCUGAACUGGGCUGCUGAAUUCUGCCACAAUGUGAAAUUUAUUUUUAAAGGUGACGCUGAUGUUUUUGUCAACGUCGAGAACAUUGUUGACUUCCUUGAGAGACAUGACCCCACUGAGGACCUCUUUGUUGGGGACAUCAUCUAUAAUGCCCGCCCUAUCCGUGUCCGAAAGAGCAAAUACUAUAUCCCAGAGACCAUGUAUGGGCUAAGCAUCUACCCAGCCUACGCAGGAGGAGGAGGGUUUUUGCUCUCCAGCCGCACCAUGAGGAAGCUCUCUAGGGCUUGCAGAGAGGUGGAACUCUUCCCCAUUGACGAUGUCUUUUUGGGCAUGUGCUUACAGAGAAUCAACCUCAAGCCCAUUUUGCAUGAAGGAUUCAAGACCUUUGGCAUUGUCAAGCCUUCUGCUGCCCCACACCUACAGACAUUUGACCCCUGUUUUUACAAAGAUCUCAUGGUAGUUCACAGUCUGAAAGUUGCUGAGAUCUGGCUAAUGUGGAACCUGCUCCACAGCCCGCAUCUUUCCUGUACUCAGAAGAAGGAAGUGAAGAAGCCUUUCCAAUGGAAAAAGAAAGCUCAAACAACACAGGCAUCACCCCUCAGAUAAUGCAGGCAGACCGCAGCAGAAACACAUAGCAAACCAGCUGAGAAAGGGAACCUGGAACUGUUGCAACCAGAUGAACCAACUUUAGAAGUAGAGUAUUUUAGCGCAUCUUAUUUACAAUGUUGAGAGAAGAUGACAAACUAUUGCAGGAAUUUGCCAAAAUUCCACAUUUGCACACACAUACCGUGUAGGUCCUUCUCCAUUAAUGAGUCCAAAUAAUCAUAACAGUAUCUUUAAUUUAUUAUUAUUUAUUAGAAUUAUAGUAAUGCUUAGCAGGCCAAUGUGUAAAAGCACAUUGCAAAAUGCAAUCCUUGGAGACUUUUCCAGCAUUGUUAGAAAUGUGAGAAAUAAAAGAAGAUAGAGGGUAAGAGAUAACGCCAAGGAGCACAAGGAUCGUUGUCAACUUAUUACCUUGACUUGGACUCACUGAGAAAUGACCAAACUACACAGUAACUAGAGUAAAGGAAAUCAAGUCACAUUAGUGUACGCUCAAAUCAAAUCACCGCUGCCUCAUUGGCUUUCUGUAGGCCUCAUAAGAGGAAAAGAAAAGAACAACUAACAGCUAUUGAAAUGGGGUCCUAUACGUUGCAGAUAGGACGGACAACAGGAAAACAAACUGGAGGCUGAGGCUGGCAUGGCUGGUUGAUCAAAGGACAGGUAAGUAGACAACCGGGAAGGGGCAGACUUCCGAAGGGCCUUUAAAGAA